AUGUCGCUCGCACGGCUAGAAAGCGCCAGUGCCAGCAUACCCGUGAACCCGCAAACCGCAUCGUGGGUGCGAGAUCUCGGAGCCGAGUCGAUCCACGCGCGCCUGGCCCGGGCCGGCGUCCACUUUGAAGAGUCGCUGGAAGACAGCAACACCCCCUCGAGUCCGCUGUGGGCAGACUACUCGCGCUCGCUGCGCAGUGGCUCGUCCAUGGCGCCCGGAGCCAUGAUUCACCAGUCUGCGGCGUCUGCGCGCCCGCCGUCGCUGGUCUCGUACCUUACUGAAGCGACGCCGACUGAGACGUCGAUUAGCACGGGGCUGGCGAACCAUUUGUCUGGCGCCGUGCUGCUGGAGGAGAACAAUGGCGUGUUGGAACUGCCGAGGACACAGGUACCCGUACCCGUCUACGAAUAA